ACUUUUCUUGCGGAGUUUGUGCGGCGCGCAGCUGCCCCCGGCCCCGCGCCAGCCCCGGCCCCAGCCCAGCCCAGCCCGGGGCACGGGCUCCUCGCACCCGCGCCGCCCCGCGCCCCGCGCCUCGCCCGGCCCGGCCAUGCUGCUGCUCCGGCCGCCCGGCGCGGCUCUGCCCCUCGUGCUGUGGCUGGCGGCGCCCUGGGGCUGCCUGGCCACGGCGGCCGGGCUGGGGCUGGGGGCCGCCGCGGCGCGCAAGCAGGACGAGGCUUUCUCUGCCGCCAGAUGCACGGCCAGGUGCCUCAGCCUGCAGAUCACCCGCAUCUCUGCCUUCUUCAAGCACUUCCAGAACAAUGGUUCACUGGCUUGGUGCCAGAAUCACAAGCAAUGUUCAAAGUGCCUGGAGCCUUGCAAAGAAUCUUGGGAUUUGAAGAAAAACCACUGCCAAAGUUUCUGUGAGCCUCUUUUCCCCAAGAAGAACUAUGAAUGCUUAACUAGCUGUGAAUUCCUCAAGUACAUUCUGUCUGUGAAGCAAGGAGACUGUCCAGCACCUGAGAAGGCUAGUGGUUUUGCUGCUGCCUGUGUUGAAAGCUGUGAGGCUGACAAUGAAUGUUCUGGGGUGAAGAAAUGCUGCUCCAAUGGAUGUGGACAUACAUGCCAAAUACCAAAAAAUCUUUAUAAAGGUGUUCCACUAAAACCCAGGAAAGAAUUGAAAUUUACUGAACUUCAGUCUGUGGACCUGGAGGUUAAAUGGUCUUCAAAAUUCAAUAUUUCAAUUGAGCCUGUAAUUUAUGUGGUACAAAGGAGAUGGAAUCAAGGAAUUCAUCCGAGUGAGGAUGAUGCUACUAGCUGGCUAACUGUGGCACAGACUACAGAUGAGAGAGUACAACUGUCUGACAUAAGACCCAGCAGGUGGUACCAGUUUCGAGUGGCAGCCGUUAAUGUGCACGGGACAAGAGGCUUCACAGCACCCAGCAAGCACUUCCGCUCCUCUAAAGACCCAUCUGCUCCACCAGCCCCAUCUAAUAUCAGAAUUGAAAACAUAACUACAAACAGUGAUGGAAGUGUAAAUGUAAAGAUUGCUUGGGAUCUCCCAGAAGAGCCUGAUAUCCCAGUGCACCACUAUAAAGUCUUCUGGAACUGGACAUAUAGCAAAUUUGUGAUCCCAGCUAAAAAGAAGAGAAGGAAGAUUACUGAUGGGCCCCAAAAUUAUGUGGUCCUGGAGGGACUCCAACCCAACAGCAACUACAAUGUGGAACUGCAGGCAGUAACACGCUGGGGACAAAUACGGCUAAAAAGUGCUAAGGUUUCUCUUCAUUUCAGCACUACACAAGAGACCAUUAAUAAAGAACAGAUCUCUACAACAGGGAAAACCCAGAAGGGACUGACUGAUCCUCUUCCACCCUUUCAAAGACGACGACCCACUCGUUUUCUUAAAAUUGGAGCUCCUUUCUACCAGGACAAUCAGCUUCAGGUCAAAGUCUACUGGAAGAAGACAGACCCCAGCAUGAAUCAAUUCCAUGUACACUGGUUACGGGAAUCCUGUGAACACAAUGAAACUAAAGGACUUGAAAAAGUAACUGAUUUGACCUAUGAAAACUACAUAAUUCUUAAGGACCUGUCAUUUUUAUGCAAAUACAAAGUGACUGUUCAGCCCACAAAAUCUAAAGGCCGUUUCAAAGCUGAAAGUAUUUUCUUUACCACGCCACCUUGCUCUGUUCUUAAGGGAAAAAAUCACAAGCACAUUAGCUGCCCACCUGAAGGAGCACAAAUUCUUCCCAAAGUGUUAGCCAAACCAGAGAAUCUGUCUGCCUCUUUCAUUGUUCAGGAAGGUAACAUUACUGGUCACUUUUCCUGGAAGAUAUCAAAAGCAAAUCUUCAUCAGCCCAUGACAGGGUUUCAGGUCACUUGGGCAGAGGUCACUACAGAAAGCAGACAGAACAGUUUACCCAAUAGCAUCAUUUCACAGUCACAAAUAUUGCCAGCAGAUCAUUAUGUGCUAACAGUGUCCAAUUUGAGGCCAUCGAUGCUUUACCGAUUAGAAGUGCAGGUACUGACAACAGGUGGGGAGGGACCAGCUACAAUAAAAUCGUUCCGAACGCCUGACUUGCCACCAUUUUCAUCCCAUAGGCCUCAUCUAAAGCAACACCAUCCACAUCACUACAGGCCGCCUCCUGAAAAAUACUAGACUUUUACAGAUGAUUUAACAAACAACUGAGAAAGAAACUGAGUUCACAGAAGAAGACCAGAAGAAUACACAUCUGUAUAGCAAUGAAUCCAUUUUUUUUCCAUAAGAAGUUCCCAUCUUAUAUGAUCUGUAGCUAUUUUUACAUAGUUUAGGUAUGAAGAAUUGUAUAUGUACCAAUGGCAGGGUGAAAUAUACAUGAAAAUAUCACCAAUAUUCUGCUAACAGAAGAUUGCAUUCCAUUCAGCACAUCUGGGAAAUCAAAUGUGUUCAUGGUAAUAUAUAUUUUUUCGCUCCCUAUAUUUAAAGUAGAUUUUACUAAUCUUAAGGAAUAAUGUUUGAGACAUUUUCUUAUGUGCAUAUUUAUAUACAUGUAUAUGUAUACUCACGCACAUGCGCACACACACACACCUUUGAACACCUGGGUGCUAGAUUCUCAGCUAAUGUGAAUCACCAUUGCUCAUUUGAAUUCAAUGAAACUAUGCCAGUUUAUACGAGGUAAGCCCCUACUAUAUUUCUUCAAUAUAAUUUGAUAUGAAAAAUUAUCUAUAUUUACUGGGAAUAAAUGCAAACUAUAUAAGCAGCAAUAAUAGACAUUUCCAAUCAGCCAGCACUGAAGUCUUCUCUUACCCUAGUAAAUGCAAGCAAAUAUAGAGAUUGUAGUAGCUGAUGUAUUUUAAUAAUCAAAUAUCAAUAUGUUAAAAUAUGAUACCGUGAAGCUGGCUAGCAAAAUCUGGUAACACUGACCACUGAGAUAUUUUAAAAGCUCAGGUGGUAGUUUACUGCCGCUGACUUCCCAUAGGACCUGGAAAAAUGUUUGUUGCAAAUCAAAAUUCCUCUCUCCCCACCAUCACCCUCCUGUUUGGAGAUUUGAAGGGAAUAUUGCAUUUUCUGUGAUUAUAAAUCAAACAGUUAACAUUCACAUUUUUGGAAACGGCAAUUCUGAGGCAUGUGUAUUAUGUGAUUAGCAGGGAUCCCGGUUUACUCUGAUAAAAAACAAUCCCCAAUUUUCGAAUUAAAAAAAGGAACCCAAAAUCCACGUUUUUCUGUGACUAAAAUGAAACGCAGAUAGAUAUUGGUGUUUCAUUUGAAAUUAAAUGAAAUGUACACCAUAUAUAUUGGUGUCUCAUAUAUAUAUAGGCACCAGGAUCCCUGGUGAUUAGGUGUACUGGUACAGCUUUUUUGACUUCUUGAUGUGCAUAUCCACUCCCACCAUGGAUCUUUUUAAUAGUAGGAUGGCUGUAUUGGCUGCAUGGUAUUCUGGUGAUAGAAAUACUAGUGACAGUGCACUAGUGUCUGGAAGUCAUUGGUUAAUAGCUUAUUUGAAUGCAUUUUGCAAAUGUAGGCAUGAAGGUACCCUGUUUCUAACCAUAAGGAAAUGCAGAUGGCCCUAUUGUGCAAUGUAAAAAGCCUAGAGUAAUUUCCCACACAGAGAGAAAGCCGUCAUUCAUAAACAGCGAUGAGUUGGACGUAUAAUCAAAAGCAUGGAAUUUGGUUUCUAUACACUCUGUCCAUACAAUAGUUGUGAGAUGCAGCAUCUAAUAUCCAAAAAGUUGCUGUGUGUGCAUUCCCUUCUAAAGAUUCCAUUAUUCACUUUAGCUCUUCCAAUAAAGUUAAUACAUCUCCGAUUUUCUUUAGCAAAAAUAACCCUCUGUAUGGAAUCCUCCAAAAAUCUCUCCAGCAAAGAAAUAAGCAUAACAAAAAUGAAAUGAGAACAACAAACAAAACAACCAAACAAAAUGGAAAGAAAAUCAUAUUCAACUGCAGAUAAAGGUUUGGUACUUCAUCUGUUUUCUGAGGAACUUAGGGGAAUUCAGAUAUUAAUGGCAAAUGAUUUUCUGCUCAUCAUGACAAGUAUAUUUUGAUGGAAACCAAAUAAAAAGACAACACAUCUACAUCUGAAAUUGCAAGAGCAUGGCUGUGCUUAAUAUAGCAGCACAUUUGGAGAAGUUAUUCCUAUACAGUACAUCUGCAUAGAAAUGCUUUCCAAACUGAUGCUAUCAAGGUCAAACAGCUCCUUGAUAAUUUCAAACUAGUUUGCUCAUUUAAGGUUUCUAACUUUUAAUUAAGUUUAGGAAAAUAAGAAAUGUAACUCAGAGACAUGAAGUCAACCCUUCCAUUCUCUUUCUACUUUUCUUGGUAUCUUUUUGAUAAAUGUACUCAAGGAGCAAGAACUUUGCCAAACUGUUUCUUGGGCUAUGAGGCUUUAGCCUUGAUAAGUUAUUCCUCAAGGUAUAAAGGGCUAUUCAUGCUUUUCAGCCAAAAAAAGGAGAUAGACAAAACUCACCUUAUGAGUUGGUGUUACUGUUACAAAAUGUAAAAAGGUUUAAUGCCAUUCUAGCAAGCGCUGCAGAUAGCUUCAAGUGGCUGAAGGGCAAUAUUCCAAAGGACUUGCUUUGCACAGAAACAUAAUCAUGCAGCCCAAAUAUAGCUAGGUGCACAUCAAGAAAAAAAAUCAAGUCUAUGCAAUCUGAGGCAGACCAGCAUGUUAUACCACAUUCACAUUUGAAUUACAUGGGGUAUAAAUAAGGAUAGAAAAGAGCUUUGGGGUGAAUAUAUGCUCUAAUGAAUUUUAAAAUGUGGCUAAUGGAGUUAAGACCUAACUUCCCUUUGAAAUUUAGGUGGAUUGGAUUGGAUUGGAUUGGAUUGGGCUUCUCAUUUUUAAGGCACCUGUAACAAUAUCAGCCUAACCCUUUCAGCCUGAUUCUGCUCUCAGUUAUACUAGAAUAGAUCUGGAGAAGCCAUAGAGUUGAUCCAAUAAAAGACAUCACUCCCAAAAACUCCUGUCUCUCAUGUAUUUCCUGGACCAUCGUACUUAGAAUAGCGGGCCAAUAUUACCAAAAUGUUACCAAAAUAUAAAAUAGCAUUUUUUAAACUAUAUAUACUACUCUCCUAUGAUAUCGUCAUAGUUAGAUAAUAGUGUAUAGUGUUAAUAUAUAGUAAAUUAUUUAUCAUAGGACCAGUCCUCAGCUACUUGGGAUAUCAAUGAUAGUUUUGAAACAAAUUUUGCUUGAAUAAGGACAGAAUAUUUAUAACCCUUUAUAGCUUGGAGAUACAGGCAGACGAAGAGAGAAUGGAAUGAGAAGAUCAUGCUUUAUAAAUCUGUUCCUUAAUUAGCCGUUUAACUCAUCUUUUAGCUACAGAUAUUUUCUGUGAACUAAUGAUGCUGGAAUCAGUUUUUAAAAAAUCAGUCAAGGCAAUACCACAUGGGUACUGGGUCAUAUCUUAUUUAUUCUUAACACCAGUAAUUGUCUUAUUUUUUAACUUAGCAAUACCAAUUUGACAACUUUCAGUACCUAAUUCCUCAAGCCUCAUUUACAAAAUAUUACAGCAUAUAUUAUAAUUAUCCUAAUUCCCUAGUUUAAUUCAUGUUAACAUUGUACUCAGCACUGGAGUUUAAUUCACUACAUGAUUUGUAUUUGACUGCUUUCCUCCAAUUUUGUUGUGUAAUUCAGGUCUAAUAUAGAUAUUGAUGUGUGUUCUAGAUAUAUUGUGUUUAUACCUAGGUAUUACUUACGUACAAUUCUGGUGGACUUAUCAUUUGAAUCCUAGAUAAACAUUUGUUUGUCUAUUUUUUCCCUCAUGACAAAUUAUAAGAUUAUGACAUUUAGCUAACUUGUUUGUGCAUUUGAUUAUUUUUCCUUAAUAUUAAAGACAAUUUAAGAAAGAACAUUUUGUUUUGGUACCCCAGCUGCCCUGCAUUCCUCAACUACUUUUCCUCUUCUCAUGCUAGGAACUGUAUACGAUUUUCAAAAAGCAGAACAACUAGGAUAUAUUAAAAUAAAGAGGAAAAUGUAGGCUGUGCUAACACCUGCAUCAUGAUACACUAUGCACAUCAUGUGCAAAUGUGGCACUUGGGGACAAGAUAUUUUUACAAAUAAAGGGUCUGAUCCUUGAGAUGCUGAGUGCAUUCAAUUUGUCACAUUCCGUGGCAGUGGAGAACAUGAUACAUUAAUUAAGAGGAGGCAACAGUGCUUUACAGGGUCAUACAGAAAGUUAAAGAAAUACUUGUUGGUCCCUGCUCCAAUGUGAGUGGGAGUUGUCAUUCAGUUUAGUAGGAACAGGAUGAGGCCUGAAUACUCAAGUCAACCUAAUCUGCAUUCCUUUCAUAUCCAAAAUGUGUGAUUGAAUAGGGUCAGCAUUUUGGUUAUAUAGGCCCUGAUUGAGGAAAAUAUUUCUAUUCUGGACAGAAACAUCUUUGUGCUUAACUAUCUUGACAUGAAUGGGACAUAAGCACAUGUUUAAAAUGGAGCAUGUGUUGUACUCCUCUCUUGAAUAAGGAUGCACUUAAACAUCCUAAAUCAGGGUCUUAAAGAGCACAGGAUAAGGCCCAGACUGUUUUAAAUUUCUUGUACAACACCAUCUGAAAAUUUAUUUUUGUCCUGUGUAUAUGUAAAGUAGUUGUGACUUAUUUAUUAAUUCUUUUUCUUACCCUACAUGCCCUACAAGUUUAUUCCUACACUUUUGAUCAGUACUUGUAACACCAGUUACUAUAAAUAAUAUUAUACAAACUUGUGCUUUGUAACCAAGAAUAAGAUGCUAAUUAGCUGUUGCAUGUAGUUGAAAUAAAAUCUUUAUUAAAAAAUGUAAAUGAAUACCUGCAGAUGUUGAUGAUUAUAUAUGGUUUUGCAUGCCAAAACUCAUUGUUCAGUUCUAGGCAUGAAACAUAAUGGCUGUCUUACCUCUACUGAAUAUAUUAGUAUGGUACAAUUCACAAAAUUAUUAACUUACAUGUAAAUUUUUCCUUUUUACUUAAUUAUAUUGUAGUGUGAAAUACUUAUCUGUUACCCAAAUUGGCUGUAGAAAUUAUGUUCCUAUAAUAAUCAUUUAAAUUCAAUAUUUAUUUAUGUAUGUAAUACAGAAAGAUUUUUUUGUCUCUGUCAUGUUAUUUAGAGAAAUGCUCCUUGUAAAAACAUUUUGUAAAAAAUGUAAUUGUAAAUAGAGCUUGAUAUUCUGUUACUCGUUAUUUACAUGUUUAGAAUUUGUACAUACUGUUUAAGUAAUAAACUAUCCUUCUACAUGUACAUCCAGCUUCAGAUCUUGCAGAAAGAAUUUGUUUCUCUUAAUUCCUAACUUUAGUCUCAUCUUACAUGUCAGCUUCAUACUGCUUCUUGUUGCAUCCUAUUUUUAUUAAAGAAUUUCACCGCUUGACAAUCAA